CGCCGCAGGAAGGGCCGGUUCCUGCGCUCCCCCCGCCCCUUUCCCUCGCCUUCGGCUGACGCUGACGUCGGAUGAGUGAUCCGGAGGGACGCUCCGACCGCGGCCGGGAGGCUCCUGGGGGCCGGGGCUCCGAGGUACCUGCCCUCCGGGGUCGGGGCGGGGGCGCGCCGGGCGGGCUGCAGGAGGCAGCAGGAGACGCCCGGCAGCCGGGACGGUCGGAGACGCCUGAAGAAGAAAACAUGUCAGGACACAAAUGCAGUUAUCCCUGGGACUUACAGGAUCGAUAUGCUCAAGAUAAGUCAGUUGUAAACAAGAUGCAACAGAAGUAUUGGGAGACGAAGCAGGCCUUUAUUAAAGCCACAGGGAAGAAGGAAGAUGAACAUGUUGUUGCCUCUGACGCAGACCUGGAUGCCAAGCUAGAGCUGUUUCAUUCAAUUCAGAGAACCUGUCUGGACUUAUCGAAAGCGAUUGUACUCUAUCAAAAGAGGAUAUGUUUCUUGUCUCAAGAAGAAAACGAACUGGGAAAAUUUCUUCGAUCCCAAGGCUUCCAAGAUAAAACCAGAGCAGGAAAGAUGAUGCAAGCGACAGGAAAGGCCCUCUGCUUUUCUUCCCAGCAAAGGUUGGCCUUACGAAAUCCUUUGUGUCGAUUUCACCAAGAAGUGGAGACUUUUCGGCAUCGUGCCAUCUCAGAUACUUGGCUGACGGUGAACCGCAUGGAACAGUGCAGGACGGAAUAUAGAGGAGCACUAUUAUGGAUGAAGGACGUGUCUCAGGAGCUUGAUCCAGACCUCUACAAGCAAAUGGAGAAGUUCAGGAAGGUACAAACACAAGUGCGCCUUGCAAAAAAAAACUUUGACAAAUUGAAGAUGGAUGUGUGUCAAAAAGUGGAUCUUCUUGGAGCAAGCAGAUGCAAUCUGUUGUCUCACAUGCUAGCAACAUACCAGACCACUCUGCUUCAUUUUUGGGAGAAAACUUCUCACACUAUGGCAGCCAUCCAUGAGAGUUUCAGAGGCUAUCAACCAUAUGAAUUUACUACUUUAAAGAGCUUACAAGACCCUAUGAAAAAAUUCGUUGAGAAAGAAGAGAAGAAGAAAAUCACCCAGCAGCAAAGUACAGAUGCAGCCGUGCAGGAGCCGAGUCAAUUAAUUUCAUUAGAGGAAGAAAACCAGCGCAAGGAAUCCUCUAGUUUUAAGACUGAAGAUGGAAGAAGUAUUUUAUCUGCCUUAGACAAAAGCUCUACACAUACUGCAUGCUCAGGACCCAUAGAUGAACUAUUAGACAUGAAACCUGAGGAAGGUGCCUGCCUGGGACCAGUGGCAGGGACCCCGGAACCUGAAGGUGCUGACAAAGAUGACCUGCUGCUGUUGAGUGAGAUCUUCAAUGCUUCCUCCCUGGAAGAGGGCGAGUUCAGCAAAGAGUGGGCCGCUGUGUUUGGGGACGGCCAAGUGAAGGAGCCAGUGCCCACUAUGGCCCUGGGAGAGCCAGACCCCAAGCCCCAGACAGGCUCAGGUUUCCUUCCUUCGCAGCUUUUAGACCAAAAUAUGAAAGACUUACAGGCCUCGCUACAAGGUUGUCAUGGGAACAGGGCCCAUAUUUAUGUUGCUCACCAUCAUAUUUCCAGAACACAGCUCAGUGCCUGGAAUACACUAAAUGUUCAAAAGUACUUGCUGGAUGGAUGGAUGGAUGGAUGGAUGGAUGGCAAGAAAUGGGGGAGAGGACAACUGACAAAUGACACUAGAUGAAAAGAAACCAGUCCUAAAAUGUGAACCCUUGAAGAUGAUGUCCUCGGGGGUUAGUCCUGCCAUCUGCUUAGCUUACAAACUCCCAGAUUCAGCUUAGGUUUACUGAGGGCCUGCUCUCUAGUCGCUCUCCUACCUGGUUUCAUCUACAAGAUCCCAUUUUAUCCAGACAACGCCCAAAUGAAGCAGGACGUUUUAUCUACCCCUUGCAGGCAUGGAAACUAGGCCUGAGGGGGAACUGUGGGUGUCAGGAUGGUGCUUGGCCACGUGGUUGUGGUGUUCCCACUCUCCCCUUCACAGGCAGCCCCACCGCAGAGCUCUCCAGGCUGUGAUCCCCGCCCAGCCCCGGGCUUCGGCUCUCCUCGCUUGUAAUCGACACCCAUGGCAAAGCGCAGCUCUGGGCGGUGUCCUUUGGCUUCACUUGCUGCUGUAGCUGGCCAGCCUUAUGCCUGGCUGAUUUAGAUUUUCCUUUACGUAAGUAAGGGGGGCAGCUUUUUGCUCUAAUAAAAUUUUAUUUGUUUCCUGCAAAUGGGUAGCACAUUUGACUUAUCAAAGGAUCCUGAAAGCUAGGGUAGUCAUUUUGUUCACAGAACUCAGUGCCCUGGUUGCUCGCUCUUCACCACCCCUCUCCUGACAUAACUACUCUGAGAUGGGCUGACAUCUUCCUAGCCACAUCUUCAUGUUAAAAAUGCCUCAGCCAACUCGCACCAGCUAGAGAACAGUUGAUGGCAAUUAUGGGAAUAUUAGCAACACUAAGUUCUCUUUAAAUAGCAUUUUUUCCUGACAGAAGCCAAGACAUUUGAAAUCUGGCUUGGCAUUCAAUCCAUAAUUACCCUCAUUGCACCCUUCCCCUAAAUAAUUUCCAAAGUGAUAUGAAUGAGGUUGAAACUGUAGCUGAGCUUAGUAUUUGCUUUUUGUUUUCCAUAAAUAGUUGGUGUCAUAGACAUACUAUUUUAUCUCUUCAUGCGCAUGUAGUCGAAUUGUUAGACUGAUGCUUAAUAAUUGUUCUGAGAAAAGAAUGUGACUUGGCAAA